UCUAGUUUCUCUCUCUACAAGUUUACACAUUUCUUGAUUUUCCUUGAUCUGGGUGUGCGUUAUUUUUCCUUUUUGGGUAAAAGAAAUUAAGCAAUUGGGUAAUUCAAGAAUUUUUUCUUGAUUGUAUGGUUUACUGUUUGAUUGAUGCAAAAAUCAACCUAAAAUCUUGAUUUCGUGGCUAUUCAAUUUCUGGAUCUUGGAUUCUGUUUGAUGAAAGAAUCAGUCUUGUUGAAGUCUAGUGUUCAUGAUUCUGGGAUUGGUUGAGCUAAUUAGGGUUUCAGGGGAUUUGAAUUCGUUCGAGGAUUUAAGAUUAACCCCCCUUUAGUGUUUGUGUGAUACAAAUUAGGGUUGAUUUUGUCUGAAUUUCUUUUGAGGCAAUUUGAAUUUCCCCCCCAUUUGUUGAUAUUUUAUCCGAUUCUUGAGGUGGGAUUUGUGCUUCUCUGUUUUCUUUUCUUCAUCUCAGUUAAAUUGAAAAAUAAAAAAAAUAUAUAUAUAUACAUACUAACCAAAUUAGGAGGAAAAAAAACCCAUCUUUUUAUUGUGGGUUUCGAUAGUUUUGGAUAGAUAAAUUUUCGGUUUCGGAAAAUCAAAAUCGAAUUUUUGUAACUGUUUAGAGCACAAAAAGUGUUUUGGUGCUGGUCUAUGGGAAUACCAGAUAGUUCACUGGUGGAUUUGAUCGACAAGUUUAAAUCUUGGAUUUCUUGGAGAAAUAGCGAUUCGAAUUCCAUGUCGAUUUCUGACAACAACUGUGGAAUGAACUUAUCGAAUUCUUGCAUCGAACACCGUUGCGGGAAGUGUGUCUUAAAAGAGACGAACGAGGCUGCGUUUGAUAUCAAGACAUGUAAUCUUUGCUUAGAACUUAUCGGUCCCGUAAAUAGAACCUUCCGAAGAAUCUAUCCUUGUGAAUUCUCGAGACAAAGCCCAGAACCACCGUCACCGAGUUUUAGUGGUGACACGUCUGAUGGUCUGAGUCGAAUUAGUGACGAGUCGUUUUCAGACAAUCCGUCUCCUGUAUCUGUUCAUCGGUUGACAAACAGGUGUGAUGAAGAGGGAGAAGAUACGAGUCACUUUUUCACCUCGUCAAAUGAAUACUUCGACGAUACUUCUGACAUAGAUUCUGUUAUUAGUGUUAGUGCUAGACACAGUUUUUACGGUUUUACGUCUGUUGGAUCGAGUCCAUCAGAAAGCCCCUCUCGGAAAAAUAUUAUUACUUCCGACACUUUAAUCGGGCAUUUUGUACAGCAGCAAGUUUUAGAAAAGCCUGCUAAACGAACGUGUGAUCCACCACAACCAUUGGAUUUCGAAAUCAACGGUGCGAUUUGGUUUCCUCCUCCUCCUCAACCGUACGAUGAUGAUGUCAUCGACAAGGUGGGAAGCAGUUUCUUUACGUACGACGACUCGGAUAAUGAAGUAGUUGAGGACUCGAGAGCUGCUGUGCAAGGCCAUUUCGAAGGGAUUGUAUCGGAGCUUUUACGAGGGGAGGGUUUAAUGUGCAAUGAACAGAACUCCGAGGACUGGUUAUGUAUAUUAACAAGAAUAGCGUGGCAAGCGGCAAAUUACGUAAAGCCCGAUACUAGUACAGGUGGCAGCAUGGAUCCUUGUGACUACGUAAAGGUCAAAUGUGUAGCCUCGGGCAAACCAAGUGAGAGCAAACUUAUCAAAGGAGUAGUUUGUACGAAGAAUAUAAAACACAAACGUAUGACAUCACAAUACAAAAACACUCGAAUAUUACUCUUGGCAGGAUCACUCGAGUACCAAAAAUCUUCCGAUCACCUAUCGUCUUUCGAUAGAUUAUUACAGCAGGAAAACGAUCAUCUGAAGAUGAUCGUUUCGAAGAUAGAGGCCCACCGACCGAAUGUACUUCUCGUCGAGAAGAGCGUGUCUUCGUUUGCUCAAGAACAACUAUUGGCAAAAGAAAUCUCGUUAGUUCUAAACGUUAAAAUGCCGUUGCUCGAGCGGAUUUCAAGAUGCACCGGUGCUAUGAUAACUCCGUCUAUCGAUCAUAUCUCCACUGCAAGAUUAGGGCAAUGCGAGCUCUUCCAUUUGGAGAAGAUAUCAGAAAAUCACGAGGUGGUCAACCAAUUAGUCAACAAAAGAACGUUGAAAACCUUAAUGUACUUCGAAGGCUGUCCAAGGCGAUUGGGUUGCACGGUUGUACUGAGGGGUACGUGUGACGAUGAACUCAAGAAAGUGAAGAAAGUGGUCAAAUACGCAGUCUUUGCAGCGUACCACUUGUCGCUCGAGACCUCGUUUUUUGCAGAUGUUUCUAAAAUGACUUCCGAUAACAGCAAGCAAGAAGAAAAUGACGAUGCUUCUAUUGCCGCGGACGAAAUAAACGAAGCUUCUGAACUAGCAACUGUCGAAAAAUCAGAUGAUUCCGACGAAGGAUCGAGUGUAAAUAACAAGAGCAUCCUAGUUUCUCUCUCUAGCCACUGCACACUCAACGGGACUGUGUGCGAACGCUCCCGCCUCCUCCGUUUAAAAUUCUACGGCCCUUCUGAUAAACCGUUAGGGAGAUAUCUCAGAGACGAUCUCUUCGAUAAGUUGUACAGCUGUCGAUCGUGCAAAGAAUCAAGGGAAGCACAUGCGAUACGGUACACUCACCCACAGGGGAAUUUGACUGUGAAAGUCAAAAGGGUUUCUUCGAUUAGGCUGCCCGGGGAAAGGGAAGGGAAGAUAUGGAUGUGGCAGAGAUGUUUGAAGUGCACGCAUGUCGAGGGGGUCCCACCUGCCACACGGAGGGUAGUUAUGUCCGAUUCCGCAUGGGGGCUUUCUUUCGGGAAGUUUCUAGAACUUUGCUUUUCGGACCGUGCUUGUGGUGAUCAUGUUGCCAGCUGUGGCCAUUCUCUGCGGAGGAACUGUCUCAGGUUUUACGGGUUUGGGAAUAUGGUGGCUGUUUUCCAAUAUUCGCCUGUUAACAUCCUUGAUGUUUGUUUGCCGCCUCCGAUUCUGAAUUCUGUUGGCGCUGACCUGGCGCCAGUCGACACGCUGAACGGUGACGCUGACGUGUCCGACGAAGCUAGAUUUUUUAAAACAAUUCAAAAAGAAAAAAAUCCAGCUUUUCGAAGAUUAUUAUUAUCGUCGCCAGCAAGAGUUCACUCCUUCGAUUCUGCGCAGAGGGUACAAGAAAGUUUACGGAAAGUACUACCUCUCCGAUCUUUUCAUGCUUCGGGUGAUUACAGGUACAUGUUGAGAGACCCCGUUUCUUCGAUGGUACAAAGGACUCACUCUCAAGUAUCGUCUCGCGAAGCUGAGAAAUUGAAUCUCACACCGAGCGCCGCCACCUCACCCUCGUUCAUCUCGUCUGUAUCUCUUUUGCCCGAAGGAGCAAGAUUGAUAGCGGGCCCACAAAAGGAUAUUACUGUCAUUGUUUACGAUAACGAGCCCACGAGCAUAAUUUCUUACGCACUUAGCUCCAAAGAUUACACCGAUUGGGUUGAUAAACCGAGCGGGCCCGCAAGAAGCUACCGGAAGCUUACGACGUGGCAGUCUUUCGGCUCCCUCGACUUGGAAUAUUCCGGAAGCUAUGCCUCGGAAGAUACUUCUUCUCAUCUUAGAAUAUCUUUCGAGGACGAGUCUCUGGAAGGUUCCGGAAGGGUGAGGUUUUCCGUCACUUGUUACUUUGCGAGGGAGUUUGAUGCUCUUAGAAGGAGGUGCUGCCCCGAUGAGGUGGAUUUUAUACGCUCGAUGAGCCGGUGUAGGAGGUGGACCCCACAAGGUGGGAAGAGCAAUGUUUAUUUUGCGAAAUCGUUCGAUGAACGGUUUAUUAUUAAACAGGUGACGAAAACGGAGUUCGAUUCGUUUGAGGAAUUUGCUCCAGAAUAUUUUAAGUAUUUGACUGAUGCUCUUAGCUCGGGAAGUCCAACUUCUCUAGCUAAAGUACUUGGCGUAUAUCAGGUUACUGUAAAACAACCGAAAGGUGGGAAGGAGACAAGAAUGGAUUUGAUGGUGAUGGAGAAUAUAUUUUUCGGUAAAAAUAUUUCGAGGGUUUACGAUCUCAAGGGCUCGGCCCGGGCCCGCUACAAUCCGGACAAAACGGGACCCAACAAAGUACUCUUGGACAUGAACCUUCUAGAAGCCUCGUGCACGAAUCCGAUAUAUCUCGAAAGCAAAGCCAAGAGGAGGCUCGAGAGAGCCGUUGGAACGGGGGUGGAUGUGAUGGAUUAUUCGUUAUUGGUUGGAGUGGAUGAAGAGAGGGAAGAAAUGGUAAUCGGGAUUAUAGAUUAUAUGAGACAAUAUACUUGGGACAAGCAUUUGGAGACGUGGGUUAAGGCGUCGGGUAUUUUAGGUGGUCCGAAAAAUGCUUCACCUACUAUUGUUUCUCCUAAACAGUACAAGAAGAGAUUUAGGAAAGCGAUGACUACCUAUUUUCUUACAGUGCCGAAUCAGUGGUCUUCGUCGUAA